CUUGCGUCUAGAAGACCUCCCCCACAAACGACCACUCCUAUAAAUCCCCACUUCCCCUUCCAAGAGGGAGCUCGGAGUGCACACAGGGAGUGGGAAGAAGAGAGAGGGAUAGAGAGAAGAAAGUUGGGAAAAGAUAAGCACUAAAGAAUCAUGGGGAGGUCACCAUGCUGCGAGAAAGCCCAUACCAACAAGGGGGCAUGGACUAAGGAGGAGGAUGAGCGCCUCAUCGCCCACAUCCGAGUCCAUGGCGAGGGCUGCUGGCGCUCACUCCCCAAGGCUGCCGGCCUCCUCCGCUGCGGCAAGAGCUGCCGCCUCCGGUGGAUCAAUUACCUCCGUCCUGACCUCAAGCGUGGCAACUUCACUGAGGAGGAGGACGAGCUCAUCAUCAAGCUCCACAGCCUCCUCGGUAACAAAUGGUCUUUGAUAGCUGCGAGGCUGCCGGGGAGGACAGACAACGAGAUAAAGAACUACUGGAAUACACACAUAAGAAGGAAGCUGUUGAGUAGAGGACUGGACCCUACGACCCACCGGCCGAUCAACCAGCGUGCCUCCAAUAUAACCAUCUCGUUCGGGAGGAGAGAGGAGAAGGGUGUUGUGUUGGGGCAUAAGGAGGAGAGUAGUAGUAGCGAGGAGUCGUCGGCAUGGCAGCGGCAGCGGCAGCAGCGACAGCAGCAGCUAAAGUGUCCAGACCUUAAUUUAGAGCUUUGCAUAGCCCCUCCCUGCCAACAAGAACCAGUAGUGAUGGAGCCUGUAAAGAGGAAGGGGAACCUUUGUUUCAGCUGCAGCUUGGGGUUGCAGAAGAGCAAGGAGUGCAGGUGCAACCGCUUUCUAGGCCUCAGCACUGAAUACUAGGUUAUGGAAGGCUUGAGAUGAAUUAAUAUGGCAAGGAGUAAUUUGAGACUUUGGAAUUUAAUUUAGAGAUUAAGGAGAGAGAAGGGAGGAAAAUUUAGAGCUUGCAUCUUGAGAGUCUAUCUAUUUUCUUUUCUCUUCUGUAUAGUUACCGAUAUAUAAUACUAGAUGUCUCUGAUUAUUCAUAAAAAU